UAUAGUAACAUAUGUUAAUCCUAGCAAGUAAAUAUAUAUGAUGCAUGACUAAUUAAUCUAUAACACAUUAGCUAGGCAUAUACAUGGAAUUAGAAAUGAAAUGGGUGGAGCAAAUCAAUGAGGAAAUAAGGAGCAAUAGUCCAUCAAUAUAUGAUGAGAUGGAACUAUGGAAGAAACAUUCAAUUUACAAAAUACCCUUAAGAGUAACUUCACUAAACAAAAAGGCCUACAAACCACAAGCAAUUUCAUUUGGCCCUUACCAUUAUGGGGAGGAGAAUUUAAAGGCUAUGGAAGAACACAAGCAUAGAGCCCUUGUUCAUUUUUUAAAGAGAUGUGAAAAACCCAUUGAGUUAUUAUUCCAACAAAUGGACCAAGUGGCUCAAGAGUUGAGAGACUCGUACAAGCCACUCGAUCCAAUUUGGAUAUCGGAUACACCAAAGUUUGUUCAAACGAUGAUUCUUGAUGGUUGUUUUAUUUUGGAGAUUUUGAGAGCUAAUGAUGGUGUUUUGGAUGAUUACGCCGAGAAUGAUCCUGUAUUUGGUGAACAUGGAAAAUUUUAUGUGUUGCCAUAUAUUAAACGUGACAUGCUUAUGCUUGAAAAUCAAAUACCUAUGAUGGUUUUACAUACAUUGAUCAAGGUUGAAACCGGCAUGGAGAAGGAAGAUGAUCAUGAGAUGUUAAACGAGAAAAUCGUGAAGUUAUUAAAUCCAAGCACACCAAUAAUCCAAAGCUUAGGAAAAUGCAUGCACAUAUUAGACGUGUUUAGAAAAAGCUUAAUUCAACUAGGACCAAGUCACCAAACACGCAUGCCAAAAGCAACAAAAAGAAAUUGGUUAACUUUAGAGGCAGGAGAAGAGAUUAUUCGAUCUGCAGUUGAGCUUCAUGAGGCAGGAAUUCGUUUCAAGCAAAGCAAAACAUGGAGUCUCAAAGAUGUUUCAUUUGAUCGAGGUGUUCUUAGGCUUCCAACAUUGGUUAUAGAUGACACUACUGAGUAUAUGCUUCUUAAUCUCAUUGCCUUGGAGCGUCUCCACAUAGGAGCAGGUAACGAGGUAACAUCAUUUAUAUUUUUUAUGGACACAAUCAUUGACAGUGACAUGGAUGUUGCACUUCUUAACCGAAGUGGGAUCAUAAUCAAUGCUCUUGGGAGUGACAAAGUUGUUUCCAAAUUAUUUAACUCGUUAUCGAAAGACAUAACAGUGGAUCGUCAUGGAAUACUUGAUGUAGUGAGAAUGAGUAUGAGUGAUUAUUGCAAGAAACCAUGGAAAAGAUGGCGUGCUAAUCUCAUUCAAACUUAUUUUAGAAAUCCUUGGGCUAUUGUGUCUCUUGUUGCUGCAAUUUUCCUUUUUGCUCUUACUAUUGUUCAAACUGUGUAUUCUGUUCGUCAAUUUUAUCAAAGUCCAAGCCCAGGCCCAAGCCCAUCAAAGUCGCCUAUUUUACCGGUUACUCCAAGACCUCGCCAUCUUCUAUAAUCAUUAACGGUGUUGCCUAAUUUCUUGUUUUUGCCUUUGGUUUUUAUAUUUGUGUGAAUUUGUUAUCAUUUUCAAUGUUUUAUUUUAUGUGUAUUUGAUUUGAUGUUUGAUUUGUCAUUGUGAGUUUAUAUGGAAUGGUUGAGAAUGAUUA